ACGCUUCCUUCGCAGAGCUUUGUGGGUAGCCGCCGGGGUUUCCUGGCGACGACGAUGGCGGGGGAGGUGGGCGGCCGCAGCUGCACGAAUUCGGAGUUGCUGCUGCACCCGGAGCUGCUGUCCCAGGAGUUCCUUCUCCUCACGCUGGAGCAGAAGAACAUAGCUGUUGAAAAUGACAUAAGAAUAAACAAAGAUAAUCUUACUGACCUUUAUGUUCAGCAUGCAAUACCAUUGCCUCAGAGAGAUUUGCCAAAGAAUAGAUGGGGGAAAAUGAUGGAAAAGAAAAGAGAACAACAUGAGCUAAAAAAUGAGACUAAAAGGAGUAGUGCUAUAGAUGUGUUAAAGAAAAGACCCCUCAUUGUGUUUGAUGGAAGUUCAACAAGUACAAGCAUAAAAGUGAAAAAGACAGACAAUGGAGAUAAUGAUCGACUCAAGGCACCCCCUCAGGCAAACUUUACCAGUAAUGCCUUUCGAAAAUUAUCAAAUUCCUCUUCAAGUGUUUCACCCCUAAUCUUGUCUUCCAAUUUGCCUAUGAACAAUAAAACGGAACACAAUAAUAAUGACACUAAACAGAACCAUGACUUAACCCACAGGAAAAGUCCUUUGGGCCCUGUGAGGUUGCCGCCUUUUUCCCCAGUGGGGACUACUCCUGUGAAGUUAAAGAGAGCUGCACCUAGAGAAGAAGCCGAGGCCAUGAAUAACCUGAAGCCCCCAGAAGCAAAAAGGAAGAUACAACACGUUACAUGGCCAUGAAGAAAAAUUUCCAAAAAUGUAAAUAUAACUGUAACUGUAAUUUUCAAACAAAUUCUCAUAUAUUGACAGUAUUUGAAGAGAUCUUUGUUGUUUUUUUUUGAAGUUUUCUUAAGAGUUUUAAAAUUAGGUUCAGAAAAAUAGUCUUUCCUUUCCCUCUCUCCUUGCCUGCCUUCCUUCUUUAAAAAAAAAAAAAAAAAAGAAAGAAAUUUGCCUUUUAUUCCCUGAUUAGGAAAUAAUUUUUUUAAAGAUUUUAUUUAUGUAUUUUUAGAGAAAUGGAGGGACAAAGAGAGGGAGAGAAACAUCAGCAUGUGGUUGUUUCUCCCACGCUCCCACCUGGGGACCUGGCCCACAACCCAGGCAUGUGCCAUGACUGGGCAUCAAACCAGUAACCCUUUGGUUUGCAGGCCAGCACUCAAUCCACUGAGCCACACCAGCCAGGGCAGGAAAGAAUUUCUUUGUAAAUGAGUGACUUAAUAUAAAUCAUUCAUAUUGAGUCAAAUUAGUAAGCUUACAAGUCUGGUAUAAAGCAUCUGAUGAAUUUUAGGAAUUAUUCUCAUUAGUCUGUUUCAAUGUUUGGAAAACUUUGAGAUUUUUUAAAAGCUCAAAUAUUUCAGAAGUUAACAACUUUUGUUUCCUUUCCCAAGCAAAGGAAUAUAACAGUUCAUCACAGCAUUUUAGUAAGUACUGCCAAAUUCAUCCUCGAGAUUCACCAACAAAGGCAUAUUUGUAGUGUUUCCAAUAAACUACUCAGAAUAUACAAAUAAAACUGCUGUUCUUUAAGUGCUUGCUAUUGCUCCUUUCCUUAAAGCCAGGACAGAAUUGAUUUCUUAUGGGCUGACUAAUCACAGUCACCCUAGAUCCAUGCUUAGAACAUUCUUGUCAUGUAGCAGCCCUGCCUCCUCCUCUUCAUAAGCAGUGAGCUCACACUGAAUUCACGCAUCUCUCCCUCCUAGGAUCUCAAUGAGGCUGACUUUAAAAAUCUUCAGGUGUAGCAAUCAUGUUAGAGGUCGUACCUGUUGGCAGAAAGUUUAGUGAACAGGAGGAAGGGAGUAGAAUUGUAGAAUUUAAGAGAGCCCAGGAAGUAUGGCAUUGAAGGGGGAAAAUUCAAUGUGAUCCAGAAUAGGCAAGGAGAGGGGGAGGAGAAGGUACUGCAGUCAGAAGUCAGUGCAGUGACAGUAGAGAAGUGUGGGCCACCGGUUGGUGGGGGUCCUUGCUGGUGUAACAUGGACAACUUUCCAGGGCUGUCAGACAUACCUAGUAAGGUUUUGUGAUGUGUUAAAGUGGUAUUCCAACUGUGUACUUGAAGUCAUUGGGAAAAUAGGGUUAAACCUUCUAUUUGUGAAUUGUAGUGUCCACUUUUCUGCUGUGUGUUUCUAACCAAGUGCAAGAAUACUUAAUACUUUUUCCUUUGGGGUUUAUCUUUUUAAUACUUUUUGAGCAGUCUCAUUUCUAUUUAUAUUUGUUAAAACAAGCAUUUUAGUUCAGCUAUUGAAUAGCCUUACAAAAAAUUAAUUCAGCCUGGCAGGUAGUAUAAAAUUUUAACUGCAGUUUUCCGUCAUUCUGCCUUUAUCUAGACUCUAAGUCUGUACACAUAAAAACAAAAUGGAUACAUACUAAGUGUUACAUAGAUUGCUAAAGUUACGGUAAAUUGUUAAACACAGUUAUCUGCAGGGCUGAUUUACGUAAUGUUGUUGAAGGACAAGUGUAUUCCUGUAUAUAACUAUGUGAAGGGAAAUUUUGAAAAGUGUAGAUUUUAGGAUAGAGUGACAAAUUAUAUUUUAUAUUCAGUUGUCCCUUUUGCUUUCAUCUGCUUUUCUCUUAGUUAAGAGAGAAUUGACUCUUUGACAGUUUUAAGUCAGUAGAAACUUAUUUUUAGUUACUCAAAAUUAAUUUUUAAUUUGUAUAUUUAACUUACAAAGUAGGUUGGUGAUAACAGCUGAACUGUAUAACAUUGUUGCUUCAAAUUGAAGUUUAUAUUAUGAACAUUCAGAAUCAAUGCUCAUACAGCAGCAUAUUCUUGAGCUAUUUUGAGUUUGAAAUGUAAAGAACUAAACAAUAUACUAUAUAUUACAUAUACCAACAUCCUAGAGCACUGUGCCUCUCAAGGUGCAGAGAAACAGCUUGUCUUCAGUGUCUUUCUCCACAUACUGAAUGAAGCCUGCUGAAUGAUGGGGAUCUGAAGCAGAAGUGUUGGGAGCUCAUAUAUGGAAGUGUUGCUUUGGUGAGCUUUGAAGUUGAGGAGGACUUGAUUUGAAUGGCUAACAACUUCAAAAUCCUUUUUACUUACUAACAUGGGUUACUACUGUUGCUCUUGAUUCAUUAUUCCAAUAAACCCUGUUUUCCUUAUUACUGGGGUAGGAAUGUGAAUGGCACUCAUCCGUGAGUGGCUUCUGAGGUGCAAUUACAAGCACUUUAUCACUUCCUGCCGUUGGCAGGCGGUUUUUUUUCUUCCCUUCCCUCUUUGUCCCUUGUUUUCCUUUUUCUUGUCCUCCUUUCCCAUAUUUUCACAUGCUUUGCUUUCAUCUCCUUCCUCCUACAGAUCCUAAGCUUCAAGCUUAGGUUUGUGCAAGUCAUAGUUUGGUUCUGCUCAUUCACUGGGGGUAAAGAUAGGCUGACCCCCAGUCCUCUUACAUUUGAGGGAUCAUAGACUGCUUGCUGCAUGAGUUCUGGAGAGUCUCAAAGCUGUGCAGCACCAAGGCACGAAAUUGCUUCCCAAUGGCUACAAAGGCUGUGCAGUUUUACAAAAUAGCUUUGUUAAUGUAGACAAGUACCCAGGCACUUUGGAAAGUUGCUCCAACUACUACUAUGAGCCCGUAAUAUUUUUGCUAGUAUUAGAGUUCUUUAGAAUUGUAAUUAUUAUUUGAAAUAACAUUUUGGUUGACUUAAGUUUCAGAGAUGAUACUAAACCUAAUGGAAAGACUCAUUAAAUAGCAAUGACCUUUUAAAACUUACAUUAAGUGAAACUGCCAGUAGAUUAAAUAACAUGUAUGUAAGAGCUUCCUCUAUUCACUACUGUGCAACUUCAGUGAUUUUUAGAGGCUACAAAAUGGUCGAAAUGUUUUUAAGUGUGCUCUUUUAUUAAAUGCUUGUGCAGGUUUUGUAAUUCAGUACAGAAAGUUUAACCUUGUAAUGUACACUUUUUUUGUAUGUGAAAAGUCUUUUAAGUAGCCGUAUCCUUAUUUAAAUAAACUGAAUAAAAUUAUUGAGUUGGUCUGGCAUUCGUAAA